AUCAACAUCAUAGUUAUCUUUAAAUGAAAAAAAUAAAAAAUGAAUUUAUUAGAUAUAAUUUAAUAAUAAUCUAUGAGAGACAAAGUAUAAAAAUGAAUGAAAAAAAUGAAAAUGUUAUCGUUCUUUUUUUAAGUAAAAUAUUAUUAUGUUGUUUAUUAUUUAUUUGUUGAUUAUUAUUAAAUUGUCUGAAGGACAAAUUGCAGAAGAUGGAAAUUGUUCUGUUGUUGAAUCGAAUAAAAAAAUUGACAUAUCCAAGUUUACUGGAGAAUGGUAUGAAGUUGCAAAUAUUCCAAAUGAAUAUGAACAAUUUGUCAAGUGUACAACUUUUAAUUUAACAUUAAAUUCAAAUAAAACAAUUGACAUAGUUGUCACAUCACUUGGUUCAAUAGGUGGAAAUGUUUUUCAAUGGCAAGGCCUUGGUACUAGAAGUGAUGAAAAUUCAAUGUCGUAUUUUAUUGAAUUUCCUGAAUUGGCAAUUAAAGGAAAAACAAUAUUAACUAUUAUUGAUACGGAUUAUGUCAACUAUGGAAUUUUAUUUAUGUGUCAGAAUGUUGGGGAAUUGAGGUAAUAUUGAUUUUUUUUUUUUUUAUAAUUAUCUUAUUAAUGUAAAUCAAAUUUUUUCCAGAUUUGAGUAUGCUUCGAUCUUGUCGAGAAAGAGAAAAUUUAAUCGAAAUAUAUUUAAACAUGCACGAAAUACAUUUAAACACAACUUAUUAGUGGCUGAAAAUUUAGUUCGUGUUGAUCAACAUAA